CCCCAACCAUCUUCUCGCAUAAGUCUGGAUAGAGAUAGAGAUCGGGAGAAAGAGAAUCAGGAGAGGUUAAUCUGAUCACACUCUAUCGGCCACCGGUAUCGCUGACGACGAUGGUGGUUCCGGUGAUUGGUAUGGUGGCUGUUGGUGGCGUAUCAGGCCCGAUCUCCGGUGACAUUAAAUAAACUCCGGCGAAUUCCGGUGGUGUACGCGGCAAUGCAUGGCUGUACACGGUGGCCGUCGUGGAACCACGCGCUUUCUCAGCUCAGUCAAUUACUUUACCCCUACUUACAGAACAGUACACAAGGAAUCCGGUGAGAAGGCGCGACCUAAUGUUAUGACGAGACUUCGAUUAACUCCGGCAAGAAAUCUGGGUUUUGAUUCGGGUGGUGAUAAAUUUGGGGAAGAUGAUAUCGGUUUCUUCGCCUUCGGUUGUCCAGAGUUCGUUAGAGGAAAUGUUGGAGUCUCUCCAGCGCAGAGACGGGAUCAAGAAGCCGUCGGACUUGCCCCUGGCGUUUGUUGCACGCCCGGCUUCCAAGGCGCGGUUUGGAAGGCGUUUGCUGCCCGCCGUGUUUGGCAUGUCGUCAAGAUGGUAACCGUAAGAUGCAAGAUGUCGGUAAUAGUAGUUUUGGCAGGAGGAAAGUUUUGGAAACAGAGGAAUGUGUUGAGUCACCCUACACCAUGGCAGUUGUGCAUGAACAUCGAUUGGCGGAGAACGGUGGGGCCGGUCUUGCCACUGCCCCUUCCCCUGCAUCGUUGGGUUCGGGAUGGGAUACUAGCAUCGUGUAAGUGGUAACCGGAGUUCUGUAUGACAUUAUACCCUUGCUGUAUAGGCAUUGGAACUUUUGAGUAGGCAGGAAGUUGAUUUUUGAUAUCUACUAACAUUGCUGCUCGUGGGCUUGAUAUUAUUGGAGUUCAAACGGUUAUCAACUUUGAGUGCCCGCGUGACCUUACUAGGC